AUGCACUCGGUUGAAAAUGGCAAGCCGGGCGAUCCGCAUGUCGUGGUGAACGGGUCAGAGAACCGGCAACAGGGAGGGGCCCGCAAGAAGAAAAGGAAGGCCACGCCACUGCCCAUGAACCAGCUCAUCCCUAUGACCUUCGUCCUCCUCAACGAGAGCAUAUGCAGCACGAUGCUUCUGCCGUUCGUGGGGCUGCUUGUCGCCCACCUGAAAGGCGCCUCCGUCGAUGAAGCCGGCUAUCAUUCAGGUGUGCUGAUUGGAGUCUUUAUGCUCGGCCAAGUCUUGAGCGCGCGGAUGUGGGGGUGGGUGAGCGACAAGUACGGCCGUCGCUUCCCCAUCAUCAGUGGUCUUUUCACAAGCGGGCUUAUGAUGUUCGGCUUUGGUCUCAGCACGAGUGUGUGGAUGUGUGCCUUCUUCCGAUUCAUGCACGGUCUUUUCAACGGCAACAUUCUGGUUGCCAAGACAAUGAUGGCCGACAUCACCGACAGAACAAACGCGGCCAAGGGUUUUGCCUUCGUGAGCUUGUGCUACGGAAUCGGUGUCUUAAUCGGCCCCACUCUUGGUGGUAUGCUGUACGACCCAGCCAACUCGUCGGCACUGCGAUGGGCGCACAUUAGCAAGGAGAGCAUUUUUAGUCGAAAACCAGCGCUUCUUCCGAGUUUGGUCAUCUUCUUCUACACCAACCUUGGCAUGCUGAUCUGCACAUUCUAUGUGAUGGAGUCGAAUGUGAAAGCCCAGCCGCUGCCCAUGUUUUUGCGGUACAUCUAUCCCUGCUUCUUGCGUGAGCCGCAAAUGUUUGUUCAUCCGAGCGUGCGUUCUACGGAGCAGCUAGAGGCGACCACCGCAUCCACCAACAGCGAGGACACCAACGAUUUCCGCAGCGAGGACGAGGAUGGCGACUGCGUUGUUAUGAAGUCUGGCAGGCCGUUGGUCGGUAACGUCGCGAUGACACAGGUGGUGGACUUUGUGACAGCUACCUCACCGGUGCUGAGCGAGGACCCUCGGUUUGAUCAGCUUGUCCUCGCUGAAACACUGUCGAACGCGUCAGAGCUGGAUUUGAGGGUGGUGCCGGACUGCGUUCAAGACUCCAUGUUUCUUACCCGCGCCGAUGCUGAAGAUGAGGGCGCCUCUUGCCAGCUCAAAUGCGGUUUGUUUUCAGCACCGCUUUUGAACAUUCUCGUCAGUGGUGGCGAAACGGAUGACCUGCAGAGGACCUCGGGUAAGUGUCGGGCUGCCGAUGAUGCAUCAGACGAAGACAACCGCACCUUCUUCGUGGAGGCAGAGCGAGGAGGCAGAGGUGCCGCAGCGAUCAACAGCGGUGCCGACACCUCUGACGGCAAAGUCGAGAAACAGCAGCAGCACGGGGACAGCAUCGAGCUCAAACGAUUCGGAUACAGACAAGCGUUUGAGCGUCCUGUAACCCGCACCGUGCUGAUUCUCUACGGCCUCGUGAGCGCGGCAGACAUGACGGUGCAGGAGAUUCUGCCUCUGUGGGGCAUCGCCCACACCGACAAGGGUGGCCUUGGCUUCAAGGCGGACAAGAUCGGCUACAUCGUCCUCACCAACAGCCUGCCCUGCCUUGCGUCAAAUCUGCUCUUCUCCAAAGCGUGCUGCCGUUACGUAAAUAAACUAUCGCUGUUCCGAAUCGCCUCCCUAUGGUGCGGCGUCUCCAUCAUGCUGUUGCCGUUCACGUCUUACAUCAAGUCCAAUUACUUCCUUAUUCCGGCGGUGUUGCUGUGCACAAGCGUGCGCCAGUUCUUUUCCUCGUGGUGCUACGGACUGACGACCAUGUUGACCGCCCACUCGGCACCACCAACGCACGUCGGGUCCAUCAUGGGCAUCAGCCAGUCCUGUGGUGCCUUUGUGCGAGCAGUCAUUCCCUUCUUUGUCACGCCGAUUUUUGCUUGGUCUAUCACGAGCGGCCACUCUUUCCCGCUAAAUCACGUGCUCGUUUUUCUUCUUUCGGCCCUGACGUUUGCCUCCGGGUACGUGUACUCCAAGCGUGUGCGAACAAACGAGGAGGACGUGCUGGAGAUGAUGGAGCGUAGCUGGGAAUGGACGGUGUCGGUGAAAAACAGCGUGCAGAACGCCUACCGAAGGUUUCGCGGCACCUCUUGA